AUGUUCCCCCCCUCCCAAAUAAAAACCUUCUUGUGGCGGGCGCUUCGGAAUCCUAUUACCAUAUUUGCUAACCUCUUCAGAAGAAGAUGCACCCAGACUUUUCUCUGCCCUCUAUGUAAUUGCUACCCUAAGACUGUGGAGCAUAUGCUUCUUCUCUGCCCAUGGAUUGAGACUGUUUGGUUUGGCAUCCCAUUAAGUCUUAGAGUAGAUAAAUGCUCUAUUUCUACUCUGGAUGUAUGGCUAUGCAAUACUUUCUCUACUAUUGGCACGGAGCAGAAUGAUGGGGAUGAGAUCAAAACCAUAAUAUGUUUCCUCUAUUGGCACAUAUGGAAGGAGAGGUGCAAGGCAGUAAUGGAACAAUGUUCUCCCUCCCUUUCCCUUAGGGACACUAUCCAAAGGGCUUCAAAAGCAGCUAAUGAGUUCUUUUCCUCCAGGGAGAGCCGCCAAGCAAACUGCAGUCCUAGGCCCCAAAACUUGGUGCAUAAUACGACAUGGUCGCCCCCUCUCAACCCCUAG